AUGGGAAUGGGACCAAGUGUAGUUUCUGCCAGCGACAACAGUUCUCAGACCCUCAGUAUCAGUCCAGAGCAGAACACCAUUGUUACAACCUCGUCUCUAUCAAAUGAGACAAUAAGUCCAACCGUCGGCGGGACUGCAAGCUCUUCAACAAGCUGGUCGUUCGGUAGCACGACAUCUUCUGCUAGUAAUACCGCACCUACACCAACCACUUCCUUGGUCAGUAAUAUGACGAUCGCUUCUGGCGAGAACAAUUUUCCGACUCCUUCCUCUGAAUCAAGUAUCUCUACCACAAAUGGAACAACAGUGCCAGGCUCCUCCAAUAGCUUCCCAGUAACAUUCACAACGCUUCAGUCGACUACGACAAUCUGGUCCCUCCCUCCCUACGGUCUUUCUUGUUCCUAUCUUUCGGGCUCAAGUUGCGUUCCGCAACAUGGCACGAGGCCAGCAUGGGCUACAGGAAGGCCUACGGGGGGUCCAUUAUGGACAAACGUCUCAUCUCCAGCUUCAGGAUACACCUCUCCAGCCGAGACGGACACCUCGCUAGAAAGCGAUGACACAGUGAUCACUAUCACAAUGAAGGCCACUCCGUCCCCAAUUACGCCUUCUCCAGUGACUCCACCGCCCGAGGAAAUUACACUGACAGCCACUGUUCCCGGAAAGAGUAUUCACAUUUCUUUCAACCACUCUGGCCAAGGAACAGCAUCGCCGAGUGGCACAGAUCCUGAGAGUGGUUCACCUUGGCGAUCUGAUUCCGGCCCUAUAACCAUUACCAUUGUGGUAGGGAGUAAUAUGACGAGCAUUAUUUCGAGUCAACCAUUGGCUUCGACGAUAUCUCCCUCCAAUUCGUCUCUCGUCUCAGCCAUUUCAAAUUCAGCAUCGACAAGUAGUUCGGAAUCGCAAGGAGUCCCCGGUCCUGCCUCCGAGCCAUUUACAUCCUCAAUCCCGACACCAUCAGCUGGUAGCUCAUCCGGGGCGUCUUCCGUUGAGUCGAUCUCCUCGCCAAUAACCAAUGCAACGACAUCUAGCACAGAGAUAUCACCUGGCAAUUCAACGGCAACAGGACUAGGUAACGCCACUACAACAUCGGCUCUAAGCAGCAACUCGGGUAUUCUAUCUGCAAGUAUAACCUCGUUGCCGUACUGGACCAAUGCCACAAGCAGCGCGCCAUGUUCCCUGACGCCUUCAUAUCUUUGGCAUGACUGGAAUUGGACCAUGCCCUCGGCUUCAAGCUAUAGUAAUAAUCCCAACACCGCGAACAUCACCUUAACGUCAAGCACGGGCUUAGAGAGUAUGUCUCAACCAACCACACCCAACUCUUCCAAUGCAACUAUCACCAAGGAUAACAAUGGUAACCAGCCUGUAGAGACCUCAACUACUCCCUCGACAGGAGCAUACAAUACAGUGCAUAAUUCUACAAUUACCGCCCUUAGUUCGCUCCCGGGCGUGCUUACAGACACCCCUUCAUCAGCCAGCCAACCGACAAAUGGCUCCAUAACCCCCACAACAGGCGACUGGUUUGCAAUGACCACGCUCGGCGACGGAAGUGUUUUGACGACGUUCUCAACGCAUUUUGGCCUGGCACUACCUGCGUCUGAGCCUAGCAACAAUGUGGCUAUGAGUCUCUCGUCGCCAGUGGGACGUCAUGUUGUCAUUCCUCCCAGGAGGAUGGCUGGCUGGGUGAGGAUGGAGGGGAACUGA